CCACCGAUACCAAAGUACCGUGGAACGUUUGCGGAAACACAUGCACAUGAAACAAUCGCAAACCAUAUAAGGUCUUGGACAGAAUACGAUAGACAGAACAUCUGGGAACUGAGCGGCUUGUACGAAGGAGACAUAAUGCUACCGAACGAAAACGUCGAAUCGAAGAACGGCUUGGUGAAAACUGCGACCCGUUGGCCGGGGGGGAUUGUACCUUACCACAUAAGGGAGGAGGAAUUCGACGAAGAGGAGAUCGAGUUGAUCGAAGGUGCCAUCAAGGAAUACCAUGAAAACACCUGUCUACGUUUUCGACCUUACAAGAAAACAGAUAAAGACUACAUCACCAUAGAAGGGAACAAGUCGGGAUGUUGGUCUUUGGUCGGUCGACACGAUCGCGGGCAAGUAGUGAAUUUACAAAAUCCAGGAUGCGUGCAGCACGGUGUGAUCGUUCACGAACUGAUGCACGCAGUAGGCUUUUACCAUCAACAAAGUGCAGCAGAUCGCGACGAAUGGGUCACGAUAAAUUGGACAAACGUAAAGCCAGGUAAAGAACACAAUUUUAAUAAAUACGACAAUCAUACUGUUACCGAUUAUGGAAUCAGUUAUGACUAUACAAGCGUGAUGCACUACAGUUCUCAUGCGUUUUCGAAAAACGGUGAACCGACUAUUACGCCAAAAAAAAAAAAAGUAAAGCUUGGUCAACGAAAAGGACUAAGUGGAAAGGAUAUACUAAAGUUACAAGCGAUGUAUAAAGACGAAUGUGGCGAUCGGAAACCUGAAGGGCCUACGAGGGACUAG